AUGGCACGGCGGGUUAAUAAACAGCUUCAACGGUAUUUGGAGGAUCUUGAUGAAUCAGAGGAUGGUUUUGAGCAGUCAGAUUCAGAUGUCGAGGAUGAUCAUCAAUACUACACAUCAAGUAAUCAACUCAUACAGGAUCUCGAGGACUCCGACCUGGAAUCUGAUGAUGACGAUGCCGUAGCUAUUCCAGAAGAGCAUUCUGAGGACGAAUUCGGGGCGAAUGAACAAACUAGACUUGCGUCUACAGUUUCCAAAAGAGCAAAAGUGAUACCUAUUUGGAGAAGCGGUAACAUGAUCUUCGAUCAAAAUAAGAUCACUUUCUUGGGUGAUUCCGCUUUACCGGAUGAGUUGAUGGAUUGCGUUACACCAUACGAUUUUUUUUCGUAUUUCUUCACAGCGGAUUUGAAAGGUAUGAUCGUCGAAGAAAGUAAUUUUUAUGCAGCUCAAAAAAACAUCUCUAAUCCUGUAAGCAUUACUAUAACCGAUUUGAAUAAGUAUUUGGGUAUAUUGAUAUACAGCUCCGUUGCCAAAUUUCCAAAUAUGAAGUCGUAUUGGUGCAACAAAUAUGGAUAUGAUCCAAUUAGAACAACUAUGCCGCAGAAUACAUUCGUUAAGAUUGGUUCUGUUAUCCAUUUUAACAAUAAUGACAAAAUCUUACCUAAAGAUCAUCCGCAACAUGAUAAACUUUAUAAAAUACGACCGGUUAUAAAAUCUCUUAGAGAACGUUUCGGUAGCAUACCUAUGGAGCAGAAGCUAUCCAUCGAUGAACAAAUGUGUGCUACGAAAAUAGCCCACUAUAUGAAACAAUAUUUACCGAAUAAGCCACAUAAAUGGGGAUUUAAGCUGUAUCUCCUUUGUAGUAUGGAUGGAUUUGCUCAUGAAUUCGAAGUUUAUACUGGUAGCGGUAAUCGUCCAGAUCUCCUAACACAUGAGCCAAAUAUGGGCGAAACCGCAAAUGUAGUUACAAGGCUGAUCCGAGCCGUGCCGCGCAAUAUAAACCAUAUUUUGUACUUCGACAAUUUCUAUACUUCACUUCCUCUUUUGACACACCUGGCCAAGGAAGGUAUCCAUGCUCUCGGUACAGUAAGACUGAACCGAAUAAAAAAUGUAGAACUGCCAGCUAAAAAGGACAUAAUGAAGAAGGAUAAUCCUAGAGGAUUUUACAAGGAGAGUCUUACUACGGUUGAUGGUAUCGAUGUAAGUGCAAUAGUUUGGAAAGAUAAUAAACCAGUCAACUUACUGUCCACAUACGUUGGAGCGGAACCAAUUAGUACAAUCACUCGGUAUGACAAAAAAACACAUAAAAGAGUAUCUAUACAAUGUCCGAAAGCGGUAAGAGAAUACAAUGCUCACAUGGGUGGAGUGGAUCUUAUGGAUAGCCUCAUUGGUCGUUAUCGCAUAACAGCAAAAAGUCGCAAAUGGACAAGGCGACUAUUCAAUCACCUGCUAGAUAUGACGGUCGUGAAUUCGUGGAUAAUCUACAAGAAAGUUUCGCUCGAGGAUAAAUCAAAAUUUUUGAAUCUACGAGAGUUCCGACUGCAGCUGGCAGACACUCUGUGUAAUAUUGGAUCGAAUGUAGUAAAACGUGGUAGACCAAGUGGUUCUGGUAUAGCGAAGGAACUCCAGAUGAAGAAACACAAAGGCCCAGCCCAGGCAGUACCAACUAAAGAUGCAAAACCGAUGCAAGUACCCUAA